UCAGAAAACAAAGAGAUGAAAGAAUGGUCAAGUUCCAGCAAUAAACAAGAGAAAACUGGAAACCAUGAACUGGUAACUUUCCCUCACGCAAUCCCAGAAAAAAUGAUCUCGCGGAGACGGAGUUACGCGUCGAGGAUUGUUGCAGAGAUCCAAGCGUGGGGCCGCGGGUAUCAGUCUUCGUUCUCGAGCGUCCAAACGUUCCAGACACAGAGUCGGAGAUAUAAAGCUGACCACAGCUGGAAAGAACCAGACGUCGCCGCUGGGUAGUUUUGGCCUCUUUUCAAUUCCAGCGCUUGUCUUUCCCUCGGGUGUCCUUGCAUUUCUCCUCCAGCUUCCUUCAUUAUAUCUUACGUCCUCUUUCUUCUUCUCCUCCUAGACUUGCGUGAGUAGAUCUUUCCCCUUUUUCCCAUUUGCUCCUCGCAAGCAAAGCCUCUGAGAGAGCCCUCUGAGCUGAUUGAGUAGUCGAGAGAUAGCGCCAUGCUAGUACCAGUCCAGGCCUCUUGUCUUGUUGCUUUGCUGCUGCUACUCCUCUUUGGAUCCGGCAUUCAUGCCCAGCUCUCUCCAGGCUACUACAGCAGCUCCUGCCCCAAUGUGGAGUCUAUCAUCCAGCAAGUGAUGCUCCAGAAAUUCAAGAUCACACCCAACAGCGUCCCUGGCACGCUGCGGCUCUUCUUCCACGACUGCUUUGUCGAUGGAUGCGAUGCCUCGGUGCUCAUCGCUUCCACGGCCAGCAACAGCGCAGAGAAGGAUUCCGAGAUCAACUUGUCGCUGGCAGGCGAUGGCUUCGACUCGGUCAUCAAAGCCAAAGCUGCUGUUGAGGAGAAGUGCCCCGGGAUCGUCUCUUGCGCGGACAUUCUCGCCAUUGCGACCAGGGACCUCGUUGUGCUGGCAGGAGGACCAUCUUGGACAGUGAGGAAAGGCCGCAAAGAUGGAAAGAUCUCGCAAGCUUCAAGAGUCGACGGUAACUUGCCAAAGCCCGAGCAAUCGGUCGACCAGCUCACCAAGCUCUUCGCUUCCAAAGGACUCUCUCAAACGGACAUGGUGGCUCUCUCAGGAGCUCACACCAUCGGCUUCGCUCACUGCAAGGAAUUCAUGAGCCGGAUCUACAACUUCAACAGCACUCACCAAUUCGAUCCCGCAAUGGAUCCCAACUUCGCCAAGGAUUUGCGGCUCACUUGCCCCCAGUCAGUGGAUCCAAGAGUGGUCGCCAACAACGACGUGACCACCCCCGCCAAAUUCGACAACGUCUACUACCAAAACGCUGUGAGAGGAGUCACGGUGCUCGCCUCGGACCAAAUCCUCCACAGCGACGCUAGAACAAGGGGCCUCGUCACGGCAUACGCCGGCCAGCAGGGCGCAUUCUUCGCCGCGUUCGCCACCGCCAUGGACAACCUGGGAGCCGUCGGCGUCAAGACUGGAAACCAGGGAGAAAUCCGAAAGGACUGCUCCAGAUUCAACAGCUAGCGAGACUCCGCGGCGAGCAUUCUAAACCCUAGCCCUAAACACGGAAUCAUUGUGGAUAUACUUCGUUUGAAUUUGAAUUUCUGGUGGUAAAUGC